GAGGAUAUUUCUUUUGGAAAAAUUAAGUUUCACUUCACAGUGACCAUGGUGUCUUGUAAAGUCCUCUUGGCUUUGGCCUUGGUCACCGUAGUAUCAAGUACUCCAACAUUCCAUCACCAACACCACCACCACGAUCUUCUUGGUGGGCUAAGGAUUAAGAAACAACUUGGAAUUGGUAUUUCCGGAGGAUUAAAUCUGAUCUUCAGGAAACAUAGACUCAACAACAGAAUAUGCGACCAUGAUACACACAAGUUAUUGCUUGGAUACAAGAAACCACGUCAUAUCAAUGACAUCUAUGGAUUGGUGCCGAAUUUGAUCACAGGAUUGGGUGGCAUCAUUGAUACACACGUCGAUGGAUAUGGUUCACUGCUCGCAAGAUUGGUGAUUGCAUACUCAAGAAUCUCCGUGUGCCUCAAUAAUAAGGGAACCACACCGCCAUUCUGCGGACGGGACUUCUCUCAGUUUGGAAUAAAAGGAUGCGGCAAGAAUUCUCUCGAAAUCGUUCAGCGAUUCCAAGUAAUCAACGCGGUUAAACUUGUCAAUGCACACAUCCACAAAUACACUGAUGGCAAAGGAAUCGGUUCCACAAAGGGCUUCAUUUACGUGAUGUUCAAGAUUGGUCUGGAAAUUGCACAGGGAAUUGACAACAGACAAAACAUCAACAAGAAUUCGUUCAACUGGGUGUUCUUGCAAGUUACCAUAUUGAUCGGUGCUUUCGGAAACUCCUACAAAGCGGACUUGGGAGCUUCAGUUUCUUUGGGAAUAAUCAAGACAUGCCACCCAAUUCUUCACAAACACGGCUAUUCAGGUGUCUUGCACUUGUGGCAGGAAGUGAACCUAAUAAUAAAACCAUGUAAUGGUAUCAGAGGACCAUUUAAUCCAAUCGAUAGCAAUGACGGUGACGAUAAAGACAUUGAUUUAGGUGAUUGGAAUGAUGAUAACGAUGAUGAUGAUAAUGACGGCAGCUCCGGCUCUGGCAGUGGACAAGGCCAAGGACAGAGCGGCUCCAACGGCAGUACUACCUGGAGCUCUGGCAGCGGACAAGGACAAGGACAGAGCGGCUCCAACGGUAAUGGUAGCUCCGGCUCUGGCAGCGGACAAGGACAAGGACAGAGCGGCUCCAACGGCAGUACUACCUGGAGUUCUGGCAGCGGACAAGGACAAGGACAGAGCGGCUCCAACGGUAAUGGUAGCUCCGGCUCUGGCAGCGGACAAGGACAAGGACAGAGCGGCUCCAACGGCAGUACUACCUGGAGCUCUGGCAGCGGACAAGGACAAGGACAGAGCGGCUCCAACGGUAAUGGUAGCUCCGGCUCUGGCAGCGGACAAGGACAAGGACAGAGCGGCUCCAACGGUAAUGGUAGCUCCGGCUCUGGCAGCGGACAAGGACAAGGACAGAGCGGCUCCAACGGUAAUGGUAGCUCCGGCUCUGGCAGCGGACAAGGACAAGGACAGAGCGGCUCCAACGGCAGUACUACCUGGAGCUCUGGCAGCGGACAAGGACAAGGACAGAGCGGCUCCAACGGUAAUGGUAGCUCCGGCUCUGGCAGCGGACAAGGACAAGGACAGAGCGGCUCCAACGGCAGUACUACCUGGAGCUCUGGCAGCGGACAAGGACAAGGACAGAGCGGCUCCAACGGUAAUGGUAGCUCCGGCUCUGGCAGCGGACAAGGACAAGGACAGAGCGGCUCCAACGGCAGUACUACCUGGAGCUCUGGCAGCGGACAAGGACAAGGACAGAGCGGCUCCAACGGCAAUGGUAGCUCCGGCUCUGGCAGCGGACAAGGACAAGGACAGAGCGGCUCCAACGGCAGUACUACCUGGAGCUCUGGCAGCGGACAAGGACAAGGACAGAGCGGCUCCAAAGGUAAUGGUAGCUCCGGCUCUGGCAGCGGACAAGGACAAGGACAGAGCGGCUCCAACGGCAGUACUACCUGGAGCUCUGGCAGCGGACAAGGACAAGGACAGAGCGGCUCCAACGGUAAUGGUAGCUCCGGCUCUGGCAGCGGACAAGGACAAGGACAGAGCGGCUCCAACGGUAAUGGUAGCUCCGGCUCUGGCAGCGGACAAGGACAAGGACAGAGCGGCUCCAACGGUAAUGGUAGCUCCGGCUCUGGCAGCGGAAAAGGCCAAGGACAGAGCGGCUCCAACGGUAAUGGUAGCUCCGGCUCUGGCAGCGGACAAGGACAAGGACAGAGCGGCUCCAACGGCAGUACUACCUGGAGCUCUGGCAGCGGACAAGGCCAAGGACAGAGCGGCUCCAACGGUAAUGGUAGCUCCGGCUCUGGCAGCGGACAAGGCCAAGGACAGAGCGGCUCCAACGGUAAUGGUAGCUCCGGCUCUGGCAGCGGACAAGGCCAAGGACAGAGCGGAUCCAACGGUAAUGGUAGCUCCGGCUCUGGCAGCGGACAAGGACAAGGACAGAGCGGCUCCAACGGCAGUACUACCUGGAGCUCUGGCAGCGGACAAGGACAAGGACAGAGCGGCUCCAACGGUAAUGGUAGCUCCGGCUCUGGCAGCGGACAAGGCCAAGGACAGAGCGGCUCCAACGGCAGUACUACCUGGAGCUCUGGCAGUGGACAAGGCCAAGGACAGAGCGGCUCCAACGGCAGUACUACCUGGAGCUCUGGCAGCGGACAAGGACAAGGACAGAGCGGCUCCAACGGUAAUGGUAGCUCCGGCUCUGGCAGCGGACAAGGACAAGGACAGAGCGGCUCCAACGGCAGUACUACCUGGAGCUCUGGCAGCGGACAAGGACAAGGACAGAGCAGCUCCAACGGCAGUAGUACCUGGAGCUCUGGUAGCGGUCAAGGACAAGGACAGAGCAGCUCCAACGGCAGUAGUACCUGGAGCUCUGGCAGCGGACAAGGACAAGGACAGAGCAGCUCCAACGGCAGUACUACCUGGAGCUCUGGCAGCGGACAAGGACAAGGACAGAGCGGCUCCAACGGUAAUGGUAGCUCCGGCUCUGGCAGCGGACAAGGCCAAGGACAGAGCGGCUCCAACGGCAGUACUACCUGGAGCUCUGGCAGCGGACAAGGACAAGGACAGAGCGGCUCCAACGGCAGUACUACCUGGAGCUCUGGCAGCGGACAAGGCCAAGGACAGAGCGGCUCCAACGGUAAUGGUAGCUCCGGCUCUGGCAGCGGAAAAGGACAAGGACAGAGCGGCUCCAACGGUAAUGGUAGCUCCGGCUCUGGCAGCGGACAAGGCCAAGGACAGAGCGGCUCCAACGGCAGUACUACCUGGAGCUCUGGCAGCGGACAAGGCCAAGGACAGAGCGGCUCCAACGGUAAUGGUAGCUCCGGCUCUGGCAGCGGAAAAGGACAAGGACAGAGCGGCUCCAACGGUAAUGGUAGCUCCGGCUCUGGCAGCGGAAAAGGCCAAGGACAGAGCGGCUCCAACGGUAAUGGUAGCUCCGGCUCUGGCAGCGGACAAGGACAAGGACAGAGCGGCUCCAACGGUAAUGGUAGCUCCGGCUCUGGCAGCGGACAAGGACAAGGACAGAGCGGCUCCAACGGCAGUACUACCUGGAGCUCUGGCAGCGGACAAGGACAAGGACAGAGCGGCUCCAACGGUAAUGGUAGCUCCGGCUCUGGCAGCGGACAAGGACAAGGACAGAGCGGCUCCAACGGCAGUACUACCUGGAGCUCUGGCAGCGGACAAGGCCAAGGACAGAGCGGCUCCAACGGUAAUGGUAGCUCCGGCUCUGGCAGCGGAAAAGGACAAGGACAGAGCGGCUCCAACGGUAAUGGUAGCUCCGGCUCUGGCAGCGGAAAAGGACAAGGACAGAGCGGCUCCAACGGUACUGGUAGCUCCGGCUCUGGCAGCGGAAAAGGACAAGGACAGAGCGGCUCCAACGGUAAUGGUAGCUCCGGCUCUGGCAGCGGACAAGGACAAGGACAGAGCGGCUCCAACGGUAAUGGUAGCUCCGGCUCUGGCAGCGGACAAGGCCUAGGACAGAGCGGCUCCAACGGUAAUGGUAGCUCCGGCUCUGGCAGCGGACAAGGACAAGGACAGAGCGGCUCCAACGGCAGUACUACCUGGAGCUCUGGCAGCGGACAAGGCCAAGGACAGAGCGGCUCCAACGGUAAUGGUAGCUCCGGCUCUGGCAGCGGACAAGGCCUAGGACAGAGCGGCUCCAACGGUAAUGGUAGCUCCGGCUCUGGCAGCGGACAAGGACAAGGACAGAGCGGCUCCAACGGCAGUACUACCUGGAGCUCUGGCAGCGGACAAGGCCAAGGACAGAGCGGCUCCAACGGUAAUGGUAGCUCCGGCUCUGGCAGCGGACAAGGCCUAGGACAGAGCGGCUCCAACGGUAAUGGUAGCUCCGGCUCUGGCAGCGGACAAGGACAAGGACAGAGCGGCUCCAACGGCAGUACUACCUGGAGCUCUGGCAGCGGACAAGGCCAAGGACAGAGCGGCUCCAACGGUAAUGGUAGCUCCGGCUCUGGCAGCGGAAAAGGACAAGGACAGAGCGGCUCCAACGGUAAUGGUAGCUCCGGCUCUGGCAGCGGACAAGGACAAGGACAGAGCGGCUCCAACGGCAGUACUACCUGGAGCUCUGGCAGCGGACAAGGCCAAGGACAGAGCGGCUCCAACGGUAAUGGUAGCUCCGGCUCUGGCAGCGGAAAAGGCCAAGGACAGAGCGGCUCCAACGGUAAUGGUAGCUCCGGCUCUGGCAGCGGACAAGGACAAGGACAGAGCGGCUCCAACGGCAGUACUACCUGGAGCUCUGGCAGCGGACAAGGCCAAGGACAGAGCGGCUCCAACGGUAAUGGUAGCUCCGGCUCUGGCAGCGGAAAAGGACAAGGACAGAGCGGCUCCAACGGUAAUGGUAGCUCCGGCUCUGGCAGCGGAAAAGGACAAGGACAGAGCGGCUCCAACGGUAAUGGUAGCUCCGGCUCUGGCAGCGGACAAGGACAAGGACAGAGCGGCUCCAACGGCAGUACUACCUGGAGCUCUGGCAGCGGACAAGGCCAAGGACAGAGCGGCUCCAACGGUAAUGGUAGCUCCGGCUCUGGCAGCGGAAAAGGCCAAGGACAGAGCGGCUCCAACGGCAGUAGUACCUGGAGCUCUGGCAGCGGACAAGGACAAGGACAGAGCGGCUCUAACGGUAAUGGUAGCUCCGGCUCUGGCAGCGGACAAGGACAAGGACAGAGCGGCUCCAACGGUAAUGGUAGCUCCGGCUCUGGCAGCGGACAAGGACAAGGACAGAGCGGCUCCAACGGUAAUGGUAGCUCCGGCUCUGGCAGCGGACAAGGACAAGGACAGAGCGGCUCCAACGGCAGUACUACCUGGAGCUCUGGCAGCGGACAAGGCCAAGGACAGAGCGGCUCCAACGGUAAUGGUAGCUCCGGCUCUGGCAGCGGAAAAGGACAAGGACAGAGCGGCUCCAACGGUAAUGGUAGCUCCGGCUCUGGCAGCGGACAAGGCCAAGGACAGAGCGGCUCCAACGGUAAUGGUAGCUCCGGCUCUGGCAGCGGACAAGGACAAGGACAGAGCGGCUCCAACGGUAAUGGUAGCUCCGGCUCUGGCAGCGGAAAAGGACAAGGACAGAGCGGCUCCAACGGUAAUGGUAGCUCCGGCUCUGGCAGCGGACAAGGACAAGGACAGAGCGGCUCCAACGGUAAUGGUAGCUCCGGCUCUGGCAGCGGAAAAGGACAAGGACAGAGCGGCUCCAACGGUAAUGGUAGCUCCGGCUCUGGCAGCGGACAAGGACAAGGACAGAGCGGCUCCAACGGCAGUAGUACCUGGAGCUCUGGCAGCGGACAAGGACAAGGACAGAGCGGCUCCAACGGUAAUGGUAGCUCCGGCUCUGGCAGCGGACAAGGACAAGGACAGAGCGGCUCCAACGGCAGUAGUACCUGGAGCUCUGGCAGCGGACAAGGACAAGGACAGAGCGGCUCCAACGGUAAUGGUAGCUCCGGCUCUGGCAGCGGACAAGGACAAGGACAGAGCGGCUCCAACGGCAGUAGUACCUGGAGCUCUGGCAGCGGACAAGGACAAGGACAGAGCGGCUCCAACGGUAAUGGUAGCUCCGGCUCUGGCAGCGGACAAGGACAAGGACAGAGCGGCUCCAACAAAAGUGGUAGCUGGGGCUCUGGCAAAUAUGGCCAAUGUAUUAAUGUGGUUGCUGUUCCGUCUUUCAAUGGUUAUCGAUCAAACCCAUUCUCAAGCAACUAUCAAAACGAUGUUUCCUGGGUAUUUAUCCCAGAGUCUGAGUUCAAUGGAAAUAAUUACAGAAACAGUGCAAGAAUUUAUUAAUUAGGUACCUAAUUUAUUAUUUUCUGACAAUAAUUGUACUGGACAUUAUAAUGGAUUUGCAUUUAAUAUAUAAGUAUGAGCAUUUA